AUGGUGGCGAUUGCCUUGUCGCCGAGUUUGCCGUCUUCCUCAGCCAGGACUGCAACGGUAUUCGGUACAAGGGCCGUAGCGGUGGUCGGGUCGAAAAGAGGGUCGAUACCUGGUCUCGCGCGGAGAAUAGGGCGAUCCACUCCCGAUUUUCGUCGGUACCACCGCCAUCCUUCUCGCACGACUUCGACGGCAAGAGAUCUUCUGGUUGCAUCGACAUCGACUCAUUUGUCACAUACUCCACAUCCUCCGACGACCCUUGGAGGGAUCGACCAGAGAACACCACGUGACGGAAACAGACGAACCUCGACAAAACACCCCACAACUGCUGGAGCCGUGACAGGAACCGACGGUGCCAUCGCCAUGUCACCGCCGUCUUUCAUGGAGAAGCUCAAAUAUGACGGCUCCAAGAAGGAGAAGAAGGCGGAGCCAGAUCAGGAAGAAGACGGAAAGACCACGGAACCAAAGUUGCCUGAACUUUCCACCGACGAUCUGCAGGCAUAUGAUCGUAUGGCCGUGUUGAUGAACCGAUACCAUAAUCACUUCAGACAUACGUGGAACAUGCUGUACCAGACUUGUACAUCUGGGUCCCGUCCCGCGGGCAUGUCGAUACGCGCGUUCAUAACUCAGGCGUUGCAACUAUGCCGGGGUCUCACGAUGCACCACACCAUCGAGGAAACGUACGUGUUCCCCGACCUCGCGGAGCGGAUGCCGCAGUUUCGCGAAAACGACCAUCUCAUCUCGCAGCACGAAUCGAUCCACGUGGGCCUGGUCAAGAUGGAGCAAUACCUCGACGCUUGUCGGAUGGGGGAGCGUGAAUUGAGAUUGCCCGAAUUGAAGGAGGUGAUGGAUAGUUUCGGCGAGGUGUUGUGGCAGCACCUUGACGACGAAGUGGAACAAUUGGGCGCGGAGAAUAUGAGGAAGUUCUGGACCAAGGAGGAGAUGUUGUCGAUGAACUGGUAG